GAGCAGAUGUCCACCGGCAUCUAUACCCCAAAGUGGUUCCUGCAGUGCUUCCUCGGCCGGACCCCCUUCUCGCUCACCCUGAAGCUGUGGAAUGCCUACGUACUCGAUGGGGAGAGGGUGCUCACGGCCAUGGCCUACACCAUCCUCAAGGUGCACAGGAAGCGCCUCCUGAAGCUGCCCCUGGAAGGGCUCCGGGAGUUCCUCCAGGACUCUCUGGCCCAGCCCUGGGCCCUGGAGGACGAGGCGGUGCUCAGACACCUUCGGGCCUCCAUGACCCAGCUCCGGAGGACGUGGUGCGACCUGCCCCCCCCAGCCUCGGGGACCCCAGGCCAGGCUGGCGAUGGAGCUCCCUCCCCACCCUCCCAGUGCAACAAGACAGUGCAGGCAGGCGGCCCCCGGAAUGGUGGGCUUGAAGACAAAAAACGGGGUCCUCCCUUCGGCACCUGCCUGGGCCACCCCAGAGGCCCCGUGACGGACCAGGCCCUGGAGCACCCCCGGGACUCCCAUCACGGGGUCCCCCCAGCCCCCUAG